ACACAAUAGGUGGCGGUAUGCACCUGGCACGCUGGUCUUUAACCCGCGAUGAAAACAGAAGAAGAACGCGUCGCGCUGCUAGCGGUUGCGCAGAGUCGCUGCGAGUUUGUGCGAGGUCUGCUGUCAGUCACCGGGAGUGCGCCAUGUCCAAAGAGCAACAGACCCCCCGUGAGCCUGAGCAGCUCCGAAAGCUCUUUAUCGGGGGCCUCAGUUUCGAGACAACAGAUGAGAGUCUAAGGGCCCACUUCGAGCAAUGGGGAACUCUUACAGACUGUGUGGUGAUGAGGGACCCCAACACAAAGAGGUCGAGGGGUUUUGGGUUUGUGACCUAUAGUUCGGUAAAUGAGGUGGAUGCGGCGAUGGAUGCUCGUCCCCACAAAGUGGAUGGAAGAGCUGUUGAACCCAAGAGGGCAGUGUCUAGAGAAGACUCAAGCAAACCAGGUGCUCACUCCACUGUUAAAAAAAUGUUUGUGGGCGGAAUCAAAGAAGACACAGAUGAGGAACAUCUGCGCGAGUAUUUUGGCCAGUUCGGUAAAAUUGACGAGGUGAACAUCAUGACUGAGAAGAACAGUGAUAAGAGGAGGGGCUUCGCCUUCAUAACAUUUGAUGACCAUGAUGCUGUUGACAGGAUUGUCAUACAGAAAUACCACACAGUGAAUGGACACAACUGUGAAGUCAGGAAAGCUCUCUCCAGAGAGGAAAUGAACAGGGUGUCCGUGAAUCAACGAGGCGGACGAGGAGGAGGAGGAGGUGGUGGUGGUGGUGGUGGAAACUUUGGCAGAGGUGGAGGAUAUGGAGGUGGAUAUGGAGGAGGAAGAGGUGGUUACGGUGGAGGCGAUGGAUAUAAUGGCUACGGAGGGAAUGGUGGUUAUGGUGGAGGUGGACCUAAUUAUGGUGGCAACCGUGGUUAUGGAGGAGGCAGCGGAGGUGGUGGCGGCGGCUAUGGAAACCAGGGUGGAGGCUAUGGUGGUGGCGGCGGUGGCUAUGAUAACUACAACAAUGGUGGUGGAGGCAACUUCGGAGGAGGCAACUUUGGAGGUGGCGGAGGCUACAACGACUUUGGCAACUACAACAAUCAAUCUCCCUCUAACUACGGCCCAAUGAAGGGAGGAAACUACGGAAGUGGUGGAAGGAGCGGUGGUGGUGGUGGUGGCCCAUAUGGCGGUGGUUAUGGAGGAGGCUCUGGUGGGGGUUAUGGAGGAGGCUCUGGUGGGAGAAGGUUUUAGAUUCAAGGGUAAGAAUUGCCCCACGUAUGGAAGAGGCCUAUGAUGUUAGCCAUUAGUUUGUUUUUAGCUCAUCCAUGUCCAAACAUCUCAUAAGAUGCGUAACCUAUGCAAAUGUUAGCCCGUAAUCACUCUUCAACUGGUCGGUAAAUAAGUAAAACUAUUGAGUUUUCAGUGCAGGGGAUCCAGCAGCAAACCUUCAAAUCUAAUAAAGCUAAGAUCCAGUAUCACAAGACGAAUGUUGAUUUUGAGUUGCUCUCCAAACCUGGCUGCAGCACAUGCAAACUCAUCCCCAUUGUCCUAACCAUGCAGUCUUAGCUGACCUGAAGGUUUGCUUCUGUGCUACUACUACUCAUUCCCCUCCAGUUCAGCUCUUGAUAAAGACAAAGCAAGGUUGCAAAGUGUAACUGAAUUUAUGUUCCGUAUUGUCCAACAGGCCACAGUACUUAGAGGAGAGCCAGAGAGAGAUGACAGGGAAAGGAGAGAAGCAAGCAGGUUUACACCUAGAUCUGCCCAGCCAAGCAGUGUGGUGGCGAUAUUAACGUCUGCCAUACGAAGAGAACUUGUUCAAUAGGGGAGGAAAAUCAUGUGGGAAUGGGGGUGGGGGGGUCUGAAGGUGUUUAAAAAAAAAAAGGAACGUUUCAAAAGUACUCUUGUCCUGGAAGACAUUUACUAGUUUGUAGUUUUCCCUUUUUUGUCUGUGAAGUGCAAAGCAUUCCAAUGAGAUUUUAUGCAGGGUUUAAUUGUUGUGUUGGCUUUUCUCUUGAACCAGUAGGGUGUCUGUCUUUUUUCUUUUACAUUUCUUUUCCUUUUUUUUUAAUGUGAACAGUCACCAAUCAAGAUUAAAUAAACCGCUCCAGUUUUUUUAUUUAA